UUCCGUCUACUUCAAAUCAGCAUGGCCCCUUUAGGGAUUAUGCUCUCGAGUGUCCGUAGGCUGCACUGCAGCGCAGCGGCUUGGGCAGGCGGCCAGUGGCGACUCCAACAGGGCCUGGCUGCCAACCCCUCCGGCUAUGGGCCCCUUACGGAGCUACCAGACUGGUCGUACGCAGAUGGCCGCCCUGCUCCCCCAAUGAAAGGCCAACUUCGAAGAAAAGCCCAAAGGGAGCAGUUUGCAGUAAGUAAGACGAGUCGUACUGCUGUCACAGGAAAUGGAUGCUGGAUUACAGACAUGGCAGUUCAGGCAGCAGGAGAAGUUGCAGGAAGAAGAAAGGAAGCAGAAAAAUGCUCUUAAACCCAAAGGGGCUUCACUCCAGAGCCCACUUCCAAGUCAAUAAAAAAUAACUCUUGCUACCCUUCC